AUGAAGGACAUAUUCGAGAGAAAACUGCUCCCUAGUCUGCAAGUUUUUUCAACCGAGGACAGAUGCGAGAAGAUUUUUGGGAUCAUUCCAGAUGAAUCUGCAAGAGCUGAGAUCAGAAGGAGAUGGCAGAAUAGUGGACGCUCCUCUUGUUCAGAACUCGACAUUAAUCUUGUUCUAUGGGAGCAGCUGAAGUACACUCUCCAAUCUGGAAGCUGUAAGGCACAAGGCCUACAUAGGUACAUUGAAGAAAUUGUGCUCUCUUUUACCAAUCCCAGGCUUGAUAUGAUGGCCUCCAGACAGAUGGACUACUUGUUGAUGACACCGUUUUGUGUGCAUCCAAUUACUGCUCGUGUCUGUGUGCCAAUAGAUCCAGUCCAUUGCGAUGAAUUUGAUCCCAGGACAGUGCCUACACUUGCCAAGCUGCUACGAGAACUUAAACUGCGGGAUAUGGACGAGGAAUGGGAGGAUUAUGAUUUCUUCAGUACAUCACAUGGCAAAUAUCUGAGUUUUUUCAGAUCGUCGUUCUUGGAACCUCUUCUAAAAUCUUGCAAGGAGGAGAUGGAGAAUGCAUUCACUUAUGCAUUGCAGGAGAUGAGUAACUCACAGCCAACCCCUCUUGACCUCUUCUUCUUCCAUCUCUUUUGGUUCCGUGAAGAUUAUGAGGCAAGGAGUUAA